AUGUCUGCUAACCAACUUAUCCUCAAAAUUUCAAAUGUUGUGGGUUUCGCUUUGGUAUUUGUCGUAAACUAUGUUUACCCGCAACAUAAAGGUGACAAUGGACACCUGGAUAAAAUUUUAAUUUACCCGGCUCUAUGGGUAUUCAAAAUUUGGCUUCCUAUUUUUGGGUUGUUGACUGGUUUUCUGGUUUAUCAGUUCUUCGAAGCUGCUAAUAGUGCGACUGUUGAAGGGAUUAAAUGGUAUUACAUUGCUACUAGUUUGUUGAAUAUCUGCUUUGUAGUUACUUGGCAUCAUGGAAGCUUAGAUAUUCUCGAAUUUAUUAUUCGCGUCCUAUUGCUCGGUUUUCUUUCUAAAAUCUAUUCAAACCUCAGUUAUUACCCAUCUAAAAACAUUUUCGAUCGCCUAUUUAUCCACUAUCCGUUUACAAUGUAUACCGCGUGGGCUGUAUUUACCACCGUUCUUAAAUUAUGGAUUAUCUUCCCUGCGUUGAACACAACUUUACUAUCGAUAUUCGUGAUUGCUGUUAUUGGUGUAACCGGUCUCCAUUUCGUUGAUUAUCAUGAUCGCCGUGAUGUGGUGUUUUCGGGCACUCUCGCUUGGGGACUUGUUGGAAUCGCGUUGAAUGAUCAUGACGAAGUCGAGAAACCUAUUGUGUUUACCGCUUCGGUUGCUAGUGCCUUUUUUAAAUCUUUGACCUCUGUGUUGAACACAACUUUACUAUCGAUACUCGCGAUUGCUCUUAUUGGUGUAACCGGUCUCCAUUCCGUUGAUUAUCAUGAUCGCCGUGAUGUGGUGUUUUCGGGCACUCUCGCUUGGGGACUCGUUGGAAUCGCGUUGAAUGAUCAUGACGAAGUCGAGCAGAAACCUAUUGUGUUUGUCGCUUCGGUUGCUAGUGGUUUGAUUGUUGGUUGGAUUCUGAGGUUGAGAAGGCAAAGAACCUUGGACGAGACCUCUCCACUUUUAUAUCAUCAAUAA